GAGGCCGGGGUAUAACUAGGCCGAUGUAAACAAAGGCUUGGGCAGUUUGGACACGGCAGCGACCCAGCCGAGGGCGACUCUACUGGAUGUUCUUGACUCGACGAACACGUCCGGACCUGAGGCUGACGACUGUGGGGGCAACGCCACUGCGAAGCGAAUGAAGAAACAUCUCAUCUUCCACUUCACAUACCGAGGACUGGUCAACAGAGGGAAGAAGAGCAAGAGGAGAAAAUGGAGUAUAAAUUACGGAAAGCGGAACCACGGGACGUCUCUGAUAUCUUACGACUGGUGAAGGAACUGGCCAAAUAUGAAGAGAUGGAGGACCAGGUGGCACUGACUGAGAAAGAUCUCCUGGAGGAUGGAUUCGGUGACACCCCGUUUUACCACUGUGUCAUCGCCGAACUCCAAGGAGACGAUCCAAAGGUGGUGGGUUUUGCAAUGUAUUACUUCACGUAUGACCCGUGGGUCGGCAAACAGCUGUACCUGGAGGAGUUCUACGUGAUGGACACGUGCAGGGGACUUGGCAUUGGAUCAGACAUCCUGAGACAUCUCAGUGACCUGGCGAUGAAGACGCGCUGCACCGGCAUGAUGUUCGUGGUGGCAGAGAACAACGAGCCAUCGAUGCAGUUCUACAAGCGGCGUGGCGCCGAGGAUCUCUCUCAGGAGGAGGGGUGGAGGCUGUUCCGCUUUGACAAGGACAGCCUCGUCAAGAUGGCCACGCCCACCGAGGAGUGACGGAGGCCAGGUGGGGGGACGGAGCUCGAGUGCAUACACAAAGAAGAAGUUCUGCUUUUCUUUCUCUUAAAAAAAAAAAGGGAAACUCAGUAUCACUGUAUGAUUCUGUUCUGGUAUUUUUACUGUUUAUUUUAACGUUUUGAUGACUAUUUUCUUUAUUAGUGUUGACGUGUUUAUUAAUGUGCAGUUGAAACGUACCAUGACUUAUAUUUACAAUAAAAAAGUAACUGAU